AUUAUUAAUACAUUAACAUUGUAUUCUGGUCAAGAUGAUUACAUGAAAUGAAAAAGGUUCCCUUCAUGUGAUCAACUAAUGAAUAUUUUAAAGAUUAUGGAUUAGAUUACUGGACCAUAAUGGAAAUUUAAGAUUGUAAUGGUAAAAACAAAAUGUCAGACGAAACAAAAAGCGAGAUCCAACACAUCUCUCCCUCUCUCUAUCCGUUCAUCUUAUCUUAACACCAUUACGAAAAUAUGAAACAAGAAGGAAAGAUUCUACAAAAACCAAUGUUAAAGUGUAUACAGUGCAAGUGUACAGCAAACCUGUCUGUCCAUUAAGAAACUGGUUUCUUCCAAAAACUUCAUCUUUUCAUCAUCAUCACCACCACCGCCACCAUCUUCAUCAUCAUCUUCCCUUGCUCUCCUGUCUUUUCAUUUCAUCCUUCUUUUCACAACACAAAACAAGAAAACUGUUCUUUUGCUUCUUCUGUUUGUACAUUUCAUUUUCUCAGCCCUCAACCUUUUUACAGUACUUUUUGAUACUUGUUAACUCAUUGCUACAUCCUAAUCAUCAUCUUCAUCAUCAUCUUUUGCUUCCCUCGAAAAAAAAGUUUUAUUGGACAACAUCAAUUGUUUUUCAUCUUUAAUCAACCCAAUUAUCGACUUACCAUUUCUAGUUCAUGGAUUAACCAAAUUCUUUCCAUCUCAACUCAAUUACUGGUAUUCAAGCAAGUGGAUAGCUGGUUAACUUGGUUAAGAAUUUCAACUGUAAACUAUGAAUUAUGCUGAUCCAAUUCAGCUUUUAAGUGUGACCAAGCAAGUUUGCUUUCCUUGGUAUAAAAUUUAGUUUGCUUAAACAAAAGCUUCAACUGACAACAAUAGUGCUUGAAACAACCAAAUAACCACUCUUGGUUACUUAAAGAUUGAUUGAAAAAUCAGGUUAUUUAAUAUUGGAAAUCAAUUGGUAAAUCCUGUUUUUGGGUUAAAGUGAUUCCAUUAUCUCAAGUUGGUCAUCGUAUCAACAUCAAUAAUUAGCUAAUUACCUGUGAUGGGAAAUAGCAAUGUUAAAAACACUUCUGGACAAUACAAUAAUCGACCUCAUUCUGUUCUCGGUGUUCGAGGUGAUGACCGUUAUACAUUAACUGAUCCUGAUAUACUUUCACGUUACUAUCAUUCACCCGUUCUUCACCCUCAUCCUCACUACAGUCAGUCCAAUCAUCAAGAAAGAUCACCAUCAUCAAAUAAAGUAUCUGGUAAAGCAAUUCUUCCUCCACUGCCAAGGUCUCAUUCAUUUCAUCAAAUCCUUAGACCUACCGAAAACGGAGUCAAUUUAAUUCAAAAGGGUACCAUCCGUGGUAUUGACCAUCGUCACAAUCAAUAUCACCACAAUUCUGGUAAAGAUUUACAAUUAACAUCAGCCGAUGAUUCACUCAAUCCCGAGUUGAAUGCAAUAUUGCGAGAACGUCGCUGUAAAAGUGAAGCUGACUUGUUUGGUGAUGCAGAUAGUGAUUCAGCUGCCCAAGAGGACCAAUCAGUCUCUGAGAAGAGUACCGACAGGUCAAUCGAAGGAUUGAGGAAAGGAUUAACAAACGGUGUUGCCGCACGAAUUCAACGCGCCAAGUAUAAAGCUCCUGCUCCACCUGUUCCAGUUAAUCGGACAUCAAAUGAUGCGCCUAAUGGGAACAAUAAUAUCAACAAAAACAAUGAGGAUGUUAAUUGUAAUGAUUAUAAUAAAAUGCGGUCCAAUGGUGAAAGUAAAGUGCCAUCUGCCUCAUCUGGACUGAUUAUGUAUUCCGAUUCAAAUAGUCGAGAUAGCAAAAGAAGUUUACAAGCCAAAGAAAAAUCAACGCCGCCACCGAACAAAUCCAAAUUGAGUUUAAUUCGCCGUUUAAGUGAUAAAUCAUAUUUUCCAAUUGGUCGUACCAAUUCUAAUGGUGAAUCUCGAGCUGAACACAACAAUUUGUACCCUAGUAAAGAUAAAAAUUUCAUGUUACUACCAAGACUGAAAGAUUCCUCACCUUCUUCGCCCAAACUGUCUCAUAUCAAUGAAAACAUCAAAAGCAAACGUGAUACCGAAAUUAUUAAAACCAACAGGUUUAAUGGCAGUUAUGAAGAGACCAACUUUCAAAUGUACUCAGAUGGAAAUGAACCCGCUCUCAAUGAGAUAAAUGAUUUUAUUGCUCGGGAACUGGCUUUACGUUCAGCUGUUAAUGAUAGUCCAGAUGGUGACAAUGAUAAAGGAUCGGGACGAGAUGAAAAUAGUGGUCGUCGAGGGGUCAGUAAAAUAUUCAGGCGUGAUAAAUCCAACAGUAAUGGGAAAAAUAAUAGUUUUAAUGUUGGCUCCAACCAUGGUGAUGGUCAACCAGUUAAAAAUGGAAAAUCAUUAUACCUUCCUCCCGUUUUUGAUGAUAACUUUAUUUUAAAAAGGACUACACCAAAUGCAGGGCUAAAUGGAUCAAAUAAUAUUACUAAUAAAAAGUUGCUUGAUCUUUAUCCAUCAAAAAUUAACAACCAUGAUCUGGACAAAAAUAGAUAUAAUCAAGAAGGCCAAAUGUCACCCAAACUUGGUUUAACUAAUCUAUUGUCUAAUAACAAACACCGCCAUCCCUAUCAGCAUCAUCAAUCUAAUCAUCAACUUGAUGGAUUAGCUGGUUUUGAACAUCAUCCAUACAAUCAUAGUUCAUCGGGGUCACCCUCACCACCAGAUUAUCAUAAUCGUUCCUCACAUCACAAUUCACGCCAACAAAAAUCACCGGGAGAUCAUCGAUCUCAAUGGAUUUUGGGCAACAAUUAUUCAAGAGAGACAACACCAUUAUCAUUACUAUCCUCAUCUUCCCCACCACCGCCUCCACCGCCUCUUCCAACUCUUCCUUACCUUCCUGGAGACUCUUCAAAUCUUUCAUCAAACCGUAAAUAUGAUUCAAAAGAGGAGAGCAUCACUCGAUUAGACUCAUUGAAACAUCUUAAUCAUUCAUCAAUAAGUGAUAGCGCCAAUUAUUCCGAUGAGGAUGAUGAAGAGGAGAUUAAGGUUGUACUUAAACCUUACCUUCCACCACCUCGUCGGUUGCCUUUUAGCGAGGAUCCCGUUAUCAUUGCCGAUGAUUUAUUUAACACGGACGAUAACAGUAUAACCAAAUGUCCACCCUUAACCUCUUCGGGGAUUCGUCAGAAACACUGUUGGACUCCAAUGGAGGAUCUAACAAGUUCAGAUGAAGAGGCCGAAGAUGACGAGGAUGAUGAUGGAAUCCAUUGUGACCCUCAGUCUGAAGAUGAUGAUCAAUUGAAUGGGAAACGGGAUGUUAGAGAUUUAAUUAAUGAUUACAAUACAAGAUUUACGUUGAAAAAUCAAUUGAGAACAAUAAUACAAAACAAUAAAUUAAGAUCAUCCCAGGGUUAUCCUUAAUUGAACAUUUUUGUGAAACACCAAAUACAAUCUGUAAAAUUGCUUCAACAUUUUUAAAUGAUCAUUGUUUUUGUAAUUGUUUUUUCCUAAUUUUAUUUCAUUUUCAACAUAUUUGCUAAUCAAUCGUAAAUAUCGUGAUAUCGUUAACAAAACAAAAGUGUUGUUAUUGUCAAAAUUAUUGAUUUUCAGUUAAUUUAACUUCAUUUCCAAUAAAUAUCC